CUUACUGUGAAAGUGGUUAUUUUUGUGGGUUUUGUUGUCCAAAUCAAUUUUGUGAUCUAAAAAAUAAAUCAUUUCUUUUCAGUUCAUCGAAUUAAGGCUAACAGAUAUUUUAUGGUCUAACAAAAUUUCGUUUCAGUUCAGUUCAGUUCAUCGAAUUAAGUCUAACAGAUAAAUCUUUGAUAAAAUGAGAAGACAUAACUGUAAUACUCUGUAUGUGAAAAGGAAUGUAAUAAAUUUCUGGUUUUAGUCUUUCAUUUGUUCAAAUAUUUUAUGUGUUAUUUUCCCCCCUCUUGUGUUCUGCAACUCUGCUUUACCUUAUUCUUAGAAUUGUACAAUUGCCUGAUUUAAUCAGCAGCUCAAGAGCGAGCGUAGUAAGUUUGAAAUGUCGCAUCUAUUGAUGGUUUCAUUUGAUAACCUCAGAGAGAGGCUGGAAUAAGUAUUCUCCUAUUUAAUAAUUUAGAGUGUGGCUGCUCAAGCAGACAUGACACCGUCAACAUGUCUGCUUGAGGAAAAAGAUUAUUUUCAUAAUUUUGAUAAUUUUGAGUCUUUAUGUUUGAAUUGAUUUUUUCCCUUGUACCUGUAAUUUGUGCACCAUAGCAUGAAAACACACUUUCUUUAACUUGGGUUAUUAACUGAAGGGUCGUAGAGAGUGUUGGAGAAGAUGUCCAUGAUUUAAAACGAGGGCAUUCAGUUGUCUCGAUACUUCUGACCAACUGUGCAUAAUGUAUACAUUGCACAUCCAAGAAGAGCAACACUUGUUCAACAUAUGCUUAGAGAUGGCAUAGGUAGAUUCACUACCUUGGCAAUUAAUCUUUUUCUUCUAUAAUUUGGGUAAGAGCAUUAUGUGAGAAGGCCAAAGAGAUACUAAUGGAAGAAAGUAAUGUUCAGGUAUUAAACCUUUACGUGGUCAUAAAUUUUCUGUUGCUUGUGCUGUGUUCUAAAGUUACUAUCAAGGUUUAGGCUCUUUUCAUUACUCUCUCCCCAUCUUUUGAAAAGGUAUAUCGAUAUUAGUUAUAUUGCGAUACGCUUUCUGUGAAAACUGCUCCAUGUAAGUUAGAAAUUCAAUCUCUAUGCCUUUAAUUUAGGUGAUCAAUGUGUCCUUCUUCAUUGCUCUUUCUGUGUGUGUUUAUGUGUGUGUUUAUCGGUUUUCUCCAUGUAAUGUAAGUACAUUUUCUGAUUUAAUUAUCAUAAUGUACAACUAUUAUGUUCUUGCAUAGCAUACGCUGGAAAUCUUGAACCUGGAGAAUUCGGAAUGGAGACGGAUGCAUUCAUGAUGGUGACUCUUUAUGAAACUAUUUGUAUUCUUAAUUGAUAAGACAUGGCAGAGAACUUCUCCUCGCAUCUUUCACUGGUUCUCCCUUCACGAUGAAGCCCACUAUCACAUCUUCUGAUAACUUACAACAGUUUCCAACCUAACAGAAAUUUGCCUCGACCUCAAAGUCAAAUCUCUAGCAUGUAAUGUAAUUUGCUUCAAAUGUAGCAGGUACUGUUAUGAACUUUUAAUCAGACAAGUUGGCCCUGGAAUAAUCCAGCAAAUACUGCUAAGAUGAAAAAGUAAUCCAGAAGAAGAAAGUCCUCGACGUUCAUGUUGAAAAACAAAUGCAAAAUGGACAGAAAAUUACAUUGUCCGAAGAGGCUGAUCAAACGAAACUACAUCAGUGUUGCUCCUAUGGACUAUGGUAUUAUUGAGAAGUAUCAAGUUUUGCAGACUCAGGCCAGAGAAGAAGUCUUGCAAGUGUUUGGGAAUGGGGAACUAGAUUUUGAUGGAUUAAAUUGUCUACAAGUUGUAACGAUGACCUUAUAUGAGUCAUUACUGCAAUAUCCCCCAUUAACAACACUUAUCCGGGAUGUGAAUGAAGAUAUUGUAUUAGGAGAAUUGUCUCUACCUUUUGGUACACUAAUAUCUUUGCCAGUGAUUUUAUUGCAUCAUGAUAAAGAGAUAUGGGGUGAAGAUGCAAGUAAGUUCAAUCCAGAGAGAUUCA